CGUAGCAGGAGAACCGCGCGUAAUGACAUCGAGUUCCAAGAGGCAGCCACACUUGCGUAGCACUGUACUGUGCGGCAACGGUGGUAGUCGGCGUGACCGCGUGGUGGGAGGCCUCAAUAAAAGUCAGUGGCAGACUGAUUGUAAUUCAGAGUGGCGGUAGACACCGGUACCAGUUCCCCGUACGGUCGGCGCGUCCUUUCUCUCCGGGUGCCUCUUCUCUUUCGGUUCUCAUCAUCAUCCCGUUCCCCGUCGCACGAAGCUCGCUCGAAUUUUCGUCCGAUCGUAGUCGUCCAGUGGUCGUGGUCGCGGUUCCCCGAAGCACGAGCUUCGACAGGAAGACGUCGAAGUAAAAAGAAAAAAAAGGAAACACGGAAGGAAGGAAACCGAGACCAAGUUCGUCGAGGUGCGUGUCGACGAACGACUCCUGACCAAAGGCGAGACGUCACGUGAGAAAUAACCAACGGCGAGUUCCGACGCGCGGGGAAAACACGAAAUCGAUAGUGUCGUGGCAACGAGGUUUCAGACUGACCCUGCUGGCGCGCGACUCCGUCGGUUUGCACCUCGCGAAGGGUUCGUAUCGCGGAAUUCGAAGCCUCCGAGCUAGGGAUCUAGCCCAGACCUGGUCGGACCAUCGGCUGGGAGUGAUCCCGAGGCGUUGACGCGGAGAGGAACGGAUAGUUUGCGAGUAACGAGAGAGCGGAACGGUCCGCGAGACGUCCGACGAUCGAGAGGACACGUGGAUCGCGUCAUCCUGCGAUCAUCGAGCCGCGAAGAGGAUUCAGGCGCUAGGGAAACACGUGUGUGCAGUCAGUGUCUCGACUUUGUGAUCAAAACGGAGGCCAGCGUUCAGAUUCCCUAGCGUUCGCGUGAAGUUUCGUUCGAGGGGAUGAUGGCUAGGCAGAGCAGGAUGGUUCGAUGGGAAAGGUGUACGGGAAGUGUCCUGCUGGCGAUGAUGCUGCUCGCCGUAUCCUGCGUCAGGACGGACGGCGACGCUCCGGCUAUAUCCCAAACCGCGGCGAUGAACUACCUAUCUCAAUUCGGCUACCUGCAACCCAUAAACCCAACAAGUGGUGGAAUCAUAUCACAAGACACGCUGUCCAAAGCGAUCGCAGAGUUCCAAUCCUUCGCUGGACUAAACAUAACAGGUGACUUUGACGAGGAGACAUCCAAGCUCAUGGCGUUGCCAAGGUGUGGCGUUAAAGACAAAGUUGGUCCAGGAUUUGGAAGAUCGAAGCGAUACGCUCUUCAAGGAUCGAGAUGGCGCGUGAAGAAACUGACGUACAAGAUCAGCAAGUAUCCGCGAAAUUUGCCGCAGCAUAAAGUCGACACCGAGCUGAACAAAGCGUUCAAAGUGUGGUCGGAAUACACUGAUCUCACCUUCAUCCAAAAGAAAUCUGGCCAGGUCCACAUCGAAAUUAGGUUCGAGAAGGGCGAACACGGUGACGGAGAUCCCUUCGACGGACCUGGUGGCACUCUGGCUCACGCUUACUUCCCUGUUUACGGUGGCGAUGCCCAUUUCGACGACGCUGAACAAUGGACCAUCGACAGCUACCGCGGUACCAAUCUCUUUCAAGUCGCUGCCCACGAGUUUGGACAUUCCCUUGGUUUGAGUCACAGCGAUGUCAAGACCGCCCUUAUGGCACCCUUCUAUCGCGGCUACGAGCCCUACUUCCGGUUGGACGACGACGACGUUCAGGGUAUUCAGGCUUUGUACGGAAAGAAGUCAGUGAAUGCUGGGGGAAUCCCAACUGGGCCGAAAUUCGGAACCACGACUACAUCACCGCCUAGCGAGGAAGACUCGGAACUCUGUACGGACCCUAAGGUCGACACGAUGUUCAAUUCAGCAGAGGGGCACAUGUAUGCGUUCAAGGGUGAUCGUUACUGGAGAUUGACCGCGGACGGUGUAGCAGUUGGCUACCCGAAACUCAUUUCUCACUCGUGGAAAGGUCUGCCAGGGAACAUAGACGCUGCCUUCACUUAUAAAAACGGCAAGACUUACUUCUUCAAGGGUUCCAAAUACUGGAGAUACGUGGGCAAGAGGAUGGACGGGGAUUACCCGAAAGAAAUCAGUGAAGGUUUCACAGGAAUUCCAGACAACAUCGACACCGUGACCGUUUGGACCGGAAACGGCAAGAUCUACUUCUACAAGGGCACCAAAUUCUGGAGGUUCGACCCCGCGCAGAAGCCACCGGUGAAGAACACAUAUCCUAAACUGAUCUCAAACUGGGAAGGCAUCCCAGAUAAUCUCGACGCGUCGAUCGUUUAUCGCGGUUACACGUACUUCUUCAAGGGCGACGCUUAUUAUCGAUUCAACGACAGGACAUUCUCCAUGGACGUUGCCGAUCCAGCGUUCCCGAGAUCGACAGCCUACUGGUGGUUCGGGUGCAGAUCCGCUAACAAGGGAACAUUAGGUAAUGUCCAAUGGCUACGAGAAAAUCCUGACGACUCUUUCCCGUAUGCUGGCAUCCUAGAGUCCGUCGGCGGUGACUUUGAUGAUGAUGAUGACAGGGAGGGUGACGUAGGAGACAUCAUCCUAGACGCAGGCGAGACGGACGAGCAGCUAGUCACGUCUUCCAAUCAGGACGCGGGUUCAACGGCGGGAAGCGUUUUCAAAUCGUCGUCGAUGUGGUGGCACGUUUUGCUCAGUUUGAUGACCAUGAUCGUCGUUAGAAUAAUCACCACCACGUAAAACUUCUCAAGUGGAGAUUAUUGAGCGAUGAAAGGAACAUUUGAACUGACCUUUUAAACAGGGAAAAGCGUGGCUUCAAACGUGUGCCGAGCACGAAAAAGAAUAAAAAAAAAAAACCACAGUGCCAAAAUGGCAACGUGCUAGUUUAUGCUCACCAAUCGUGAGGACUAAUUCUUUCAGGGUUCGACGAACGCAUCGCCCUGUCUUAAUCUCACGUGAAACAAUCAUUCCAGUUGAAGCAACAUUCCGUGAAUAUCGUUUUAAGAAAUUUUGCUUCAUCGUAGCUGUUAAGUGUUUCGCAGCGUGUCUUGCGAGGUGCGAUUCGCGCAACUAUUUUUCAGUUUCAUUAUUAAUCGAUGGAUACGACGCACCUUGCAAGACAUCCUGUAUAUAUGUAAAGUAUAUAAGUAUAUGUAAAAUAUGUUUAUACAUAAUGUUACGUGUAAUAAGUCGCAUGCAAUAAUGUGUCAUCAAACCUUUUACACUGCCUAUUUAUUCUUUAUUCGUAAAUCAUGGUUUGUACAGACGUUAACGUCAAAGGCACUUAUUUUGCGCGUUCAUGCAGAAUAUAUGAUUAAAGGAGGAUGAAGGUUUGUUGGACAUGACAAAUAGCGAAUAAAGAAAACGGUCAAUUGGUUCUUCGACUGACAAUAUUAUGAGUAUUAUAGAGUUUCAUAUAAAAAUAUAUCUAUAGUACUCAUGGUAGUGACUACAUAAAAGAGAAAUAUUUAUCUUCCGUACAAGUGCCUUAAAAUGUCUUCAAAACGUUGUAAUAAAAUGUAGCUUUUUUGUAUAAAUAUCUACAAUUUGUUAUUAUCACAGUUUGUUAGUUAAAGCCAAUUGCUGUAACUAUUUUUUUCACUUUCAUCUACAUGGACAAUCUUUUACUUAUAAAUUCUUAUUUUAGACAUACUGUUCUCCAUUUUAUUCGAUAAGCUUCUUUUCAUUCCUAUGGUGCGUUUCAUUACAUAGUAAAAUGUUAUGAUAAAUAAUAUUAUUGAUAGGUACAUAUUAAUUUCCAAUGACAAUGUUAUGAAAUGUGAGAUUUAAUAUAGUAUACGAGAACAAUAGUUUUUAUUACUUUGAAAAUAAAAUAAUUAUUUGUAUUAUGCUUUGAAACCAAAAUGACAUUAAAAGCAAUAAUGUAUAGUGUAUGUUGUAUGCCCUACAUGAAAUGUACGUAUACUAUGAAUUAUGUCUUUCAAAGCAUUUCUCUCAUGUACUAAUCCAAAUUUAGAGUAAAGGGAAAAUCAUUACAAAAACGUUCGAAUACUGCAGUAAAGACGCGAACAGUAUUUAAAAUUCAUAGUAUACAUAUAUCAUUGUAAAAACAUUAAUGACAUUACCGUAUAUUUCUUUAUAUUCUAAGAAAUGUCUCCAUAAGUUUGUUAUAAAUAAAUAAUUGAGUACUUAAAAAUUACUUAGUAUGUAAGAAUAAGUGAAGCACAAAAAGCCUUGUACAGUUUUCUAAUGAUUGUUAAAUAAAUUGUUUAAAAAAAAUAUCUACAAUACAUGAAAACUUUUGUAUUAUCAUUAUUUGAAAUUAAAAUUUUAUACGUAAAUGCAGCAUAUCAUUAAAACGGUGCAAUGUACAAGG